AUGCCACUCGAAUUGGGUCACUCAGACGUGUUCGGUCCAGUGAAACAAGCAUCAGUCAAAGGGUUAAGAUACAUGGUUACAUUUAUUGACGAUUUCUCUAGAUUUACUUGGGUUUAUUUUCUAAAGGAAAAAUCUGAAAUAUUAGAAGAAUUCAAGUUAUUUAAAGUAGAGGCUGAACGAUUAACUGGAAAUCAUGUUAAGUGUUUAAGGUCCGAUAAUGGAGGGGAGUAUUUAGCAUCUACUUUUGACAAGAAUGUGGUCUUUGAUGAGAAUUCGUCAUGGUGGUCAGAGAACAAAGAAACACUACCAGACACAGAAUUAAUAAAAGAAAGGCUCGAAGCAAAUAUGGUGAAGUUAACAUUUGAUGAUGAUGAAUCCGCCAUUGAAGUUGAUGCCGAAACAAGCCAAGAUCCAAGUCCGAGUCAAGAACGUCAAAGUCCAUGGCAAACUGGUAUGUCUAACCAGCGUAAUGGCACGGAUUCAGGUUCUACAACGCCUGGUCCGCAAAGAUCCACUCGGGUAUCAAAACCAAACCCAAGGUAUGCGGCAAAUGUAGCAAUCACAGAAGUGGAAGAAAUAGAACCUGAAAGCUAUGAAGAAGCCUGUGAUCAAAUAAAAUGGAACCUUGCGAUGCAAGAAGAGAUUGAAGCAAUGAACCGGAAUGAAACUUGGUCUUUAGUACCCAAGCCUGAAGAAGCAAGGCCGAUAACAUGA